CUCUGAUCUUUCUUCUUUUUUACGCCUCAACUUAAAUCAUUGGGAACAUUCUUCAACCAGUAAGAUGAUAAAAGUGCCCAUAUUGGAUCGAUUGAGCUUUAGGGACUAUCAAGGUCUCUUCAUUACUAUUUUAUUCUUCAUUGUGGAGGGUUUUAUCAGAAUCAUCGUCAUGUUUAUGCCGAAAUUCCUAAUCAGCACAUUCAAAUUGAUGGUCGACAUACUGUUCCCUUGGAUAUCAAGAAUUGAAAAUGCUCCUCAUGUAAGCCCUCUGGAAAAAGCUCAGAGCUUUGAAAAGAUGGUCGCGUACUGGAAAAAUUAUAAUUGCGAACAACACAUUGUACGUACAAAAGAUGAUUAUCUUUUAUGCGUUCAUCGCAUUCCAUCUGUAAAACGGCAAGUCAAUGUAGACAAAAUCAUUAACAAAAGAAGAAACCACUAUAAAAACCAUACUUCAAGGCUGGAAAAAAAUAAUAUUCAAGUAGUUGAUAAUCUUGAUCAAUUCAUCCGAGAGUCAUUACCCAAUACCGAUCAGGAAUUAGCAUUGACCACGCAAACGUAUCAUUCAGAUUCUUCUACUAUCUAUUCAAAUGAGCGCUUCACUGGUUCUGCUACGGAUAGAAAGCGGCGUAGUGGAAAGCCGGUUGUGCUACUUUACCAUGGCUUUUUAAUGUCAUCGGAAAUUUGGGUGACAAAUACAGAAGAGUUCAGUAAUUUACCUUUCAUUCUCGCUCAGAAAGGUUAUGACGUUUGGCUUGGCAAUGCAAGAGGCAACAAGUACUCUCAGUAUCAUGUGUAUGAAAACCCACGAAAUCAACCUUUUUGGAACUUUUCCCUCAAUGAAUUCGCUACACGAGAUUUACCUGAUACCGUGGAUUACAUUCUAGCAGAAACGGGUGCUGCUAGCUUAACCUAUAUUGGCUUUUCUCAAGGUACAGCACAGGCCUUUGCAGGGCUUUCUGUCAACUCAGACCUGAACCGAAAAGUCAAUCUAUUUAUCGCUAUGGCACCAGCUACCACACCAAAGGGCUUGAGCAACCCACUCAUAGAUGCUUUUGUUAAAGCGACACCUACCGUGAUCUAUCUCAUCUUUGGUCGAAAAACGCCUUUGAAACUUGCCCUUUUUUGGCAACGUAUUUUGUCACCGCCUCUCUUUGUCAAAGUGAUUGAUGCAUCUGUAGGCUUCCUCUUUGGCUGGACAGGUCACAAUAUGACCAUGGACCAGAAAACAGUCAGUUACCAACAUUUGUAUUCCGUCACCAGUGUAAAGUCCUUGGUGCAUUGGUUCCAAAUUAUCAGAUCAGGUCAGUUCCAUAUGUACGAUGAAGUGCCAAGCCGUCUUCCAUAUCAUACUGUCAACACCGUUGCCGACCACAUACCUCCUCGCUUCCCUACCUUGCAGAUUAAGACGCCUAUUGCCAUUUUUUAUGGUGGUACGGAUUCUCUCGUAGAUUUCGAUGUGUUGGCAGCUGAUUUACCAUCGCCUUUAGCCUAUGUCAAAUCAAUUCAGAAAUGGGAGCAUUUGGAUUUCUUAUGGGGCGAUGGAAUUGAGUACUUGGUCUAUCCUGAUAUAUUGAAACUAUUACAAAUUUUCAAUCCUCGUCUUCCUCCUCCGUCAGAAAAUAGUAGUGCGGCUGUACCUUUAAUGAUAAUGGACCAAGAGCAACUACGUAUGCAACAACACGAAGAUGAUGUGAAGCAAGCAAGACAGCAGCAACAGCAACAACGCAAUUUCAAGUCUUAUCAUGAAAGCGCUCCAAGGGAUAAGAGGAACAGCGGUAGUCGGUACAGUAGUCUCCUGAUGAAUGAUGAUAGCAGUUUAGAAUACGCACUGGAAGAAACGCUGAUUAAGAAUAAUGGUAGUAAUGUGAGUAUUCUCGAAGAAUACAAAACAUACUUUGACUAUAAGCAAUGAAAUUCAAACUGUCUUUAUUCGUAUUAUAAAUCACCUUUGCAGCCAUUAGGGAGAGACACAUCUAUAUAUUAACGGACUUUAUCGCAUAACACUGUUAUUUAUUUGAAAUAAAAGUAUGGAUUGAUUUAUUUUUUCG